AUGGACAAAGGCAAGUUUCUCAGACUACUCAUAGUUGUAUUGCUCGGUGUGGGUAUAACUGUUCUAGCAUUCCUUAUGCUCAAAGAAGCACCAACAGGAUCCUUUGCUGAAGACGAUAUUGCAUCACUCAGUGAAGAAAUCACAUUCAGGUUUAAAGAUUCAGGCGAAAACAAAGAAGAUUCCGCAGUUACCGAUGUUAAGUUCUUCAUUUGCUUGAAUAAUGUUCUGAAGUCUCUGAAGUCUGCAGACAGCAAUCUCAUUCGGCUUUUAUGCUAUGACGAAGUUCUUGAAAAAGAAGCCGGGGAAAAGGGAGGAGAUGACAAAAGAGAGGCACAUGUAAAGAAUGCAAUUACUGAAGCUAGAAAUAUUAUGUUUAGGGCCGCCAAUCCCAAAGAGGCCAUAAAGGAUAUACUAAAUAAGAAGGAUGCCGAGGCCAAAAAUAUCAAAGGAUUAACUGAUGCCAUUCAGAGUGCAUUUUCUGGUUUCCUAUCAGCAGAGAGUUCAUCUGAUAAGCGGGAAAAGGAUGAGGAGCUCAACACCCAAUUGGCUAAUCUUUUAAUUUGGUUGUGGUUAAAGGGAUCGCUCCCAGAGAAUAACAGGGUUCAACAAUUCCGAAAAAUUUACAGUGAAAACCAAGAUUUUAAAAAGUUCUUUGAAUGUCUAGACGAGGAGAGUAAGGAGGUUGCAAACUCAAAAAUAACUGUUAAGAUGGAAAAGAAAGAAGUUACCAUGCCUGUUAUAGAGCAUAUACUUACCUCUAUAUUCCAGACAAGCUUAUACAUGGGAAGUGGGAUUUCUCAGAUUAACUUAAGUGGGGUAGGAGUAAUUUCUGAAAUGGCGAUUGGAAAAGGUUCAGAAGAGGAGAAGAAGUCCAAAUCUUCUACCGAGGGGAAAGGGCUUGUGGACAUUUUAGGGCUUAGAAAACUUGCAUCCCUAUUUAGUGGAAAUAAAAAUAAAGUCUCUGAUAGUAGCGCUCCAGAUGAAAAUGUUGCUACAUCUGCUAUCAAGGAGGGCAAAGAGGUACUAGAGAAAAAGAUGGAAGGAAGCUAA